GUAACAUCCAUAUUUUACAAGUAGUAAUUGAAUUCCUCAUUCCAUUAUUUCAUCCCUAUAUUGCAAACAAAAUCCAUUUGGGUCUUUUUUUCUUUUAAACGUUUUAAAUCGUCAAAAGAGCUGUUUUUAUAAUUUAUUUUUAUAAAAUAACAAUUCUUAGAUGUAAAGCUAUGUUGCCAAUGACGACAAUCAAAUUUAAUCAAACGAUAAGAUUGUAAAGAUGAAAGGUUUAUCAAUGUAUCAGUUUUUCGAACCAAAAAUUUAACAGCGUCGACUAAAUUGAGACAAAAAAUGGCUUUUCUAUAUUCGGUUAGAAGAAGUAGGAGGUUUAGAGUGCAUGGAGUGAAAACCAGGAUGGCUAUGCGUCUGUACCACAGACGCUCCUCAGCAACAAGGGAAAAAAUUCAAAUGCAAAAUGGACUGUCUCCAAAUUCAUCCCUUCGACUUCAAGUGCUGGGAGCUACAUGUGGCCAUAGAGAUUCUUUGGGAGUCAACCGACAGCGAUCACAGUCACUUUACCCAGGCAGUCCCAACUGCCUUGGUAUACCAACUAGAUCGAGAUCUCAUUCAUUUAGUGGACCGUCAAAAACACCUAAAUUAGCAGAAAAGCAACUGACCCCAUCGGAAGAAGAACAGAUAUUCCGAUGUUAUACAAGGGUUAUGUAUAUUUUGUUAGGUGGAAUGGCAGCAGUGGUUAUGACUCUGGUACUAUAUGGGAUACGCUCAUUUACGAACAUAACCUGAGCACAAGCAGUUGAGUAAUUGUAUAUGUAUAUAGUGUUUUAAACCUCAGAGUUCCUAAAUAAGGAGUGAAGCUUGAAUUUCUUUCUUGAAAUCAAAGCAGUUUGAGUGAAGGCUUCGAUUAAUGUUCAAUUUAGUGGCAUGCAGAGAGGGGAGUUGCGGCCCAGGGCAUCUUGGACAAAGAGUGCACCCAAUCAACAAUUAAGGAGGCUAGAAAUUUAAAUUUAUUAUACAUUUUAGAAUGAAAUUAUUACUUUGAAGGUAAUUAUUUGGCUCAAGCAAUAUAUUUCAAAAAGGAUAAAACUUUUUAAUUUUCAGAAAUAAUAAAUUUAAAUUAAUAUUAUUUUAUUGCUAAUUUUAAAAUUUUUACCUUAGAAUAGAUAACAAUAGAUAUCUUUUAUACAAAUUAUAAAUAUGAAUUUAGAUUUGUUUUUAAAAUGCUUUUUGCUAGAUUAAAAUAGAUUCUCCCGGCAAUGAUUACACUCCUCAAUUCAAGAGCAUCUAAUAUAAUCAUUAAUUAAUAAGGUUGCCAAGCGCAUCCAAAUGCCUUUGCACGCCACUCCUUCAAUUUAGAACAUUAGUCUCAUGGUAUUGGUUUUAAUUGCUUUCUUCUUUGGGAAAUUCUGCAAAAGGUUACUGAAAAUUAUAUAAAUACACUGAUGAACUCAGAAAAUGCUUAAAAAGUUAUUUCACCUCCAGAAUAACUUAUAAAUAAUAAUACAGUUGGGUAUUAAUAAUAACACCAUCAUGUAGGGGAUAUCGAAAUACUAGAGCUUUAACUUCCGAGGUACCUUGUUUGGGUGUAAAAAGAGUGUUUUUCUUUAAAAUUUUAUUUUAGAAGUAAAAAUUAUACUUGAAAAUAAUUAUCCAUUAUUUGUAAUAACAUUGACUUAAAAUAACCUGUAUAAACAUAUUAGAUGUACUUAAAAAAAUUAUUUUUUUAUUCACUUGCAAUAAAAACAAAAUAUAUCAAUUCCUUAUCACAACUAGAGUUAAAGGAAUGAAAGAAUUUGUGAUUAUUUAUGUUUCUACCACGAGUGAAACAUGUAUAUUAUAAAAAAUGGAUUGCAUUUAGAAUAUUUGUAAAUAUGUUGAAAGAGAAUGAAUUUCAUCCAAUGCACCUUGUUAAAAAAAUUGUACGAGUAUUGCUUUGAAUUAUUAUGAAUAAAUGUCUUCUACAAAUGA